AAUGUUGAUUUUUUCGAUUGGGAAGUGGCUAAAGAAUCUGCAAAGGAUGAUAGUCAUCGUAUUUCUUCAAAAGCUCGUCUCUUUGCCUCAAUUCAUUACAAUAUUGCUCGAAUAAUGCCCGAUUCAAUAAAGGGUGUCCGACAUUUGCUUUAUACACUAACAGUCCAUCCAACUGACGAAGCUCUGUGGAAUAAGCUUGGUGAAAGCAGUAUGAAAAUAUCAGACUGGGCAAUGGCUUUAUUUGCUUUCAGUAAUUGUAAAACAAUCUGGAAUGCCCAUCAUGGGACAAUAAUUUGUUUAUUUAAAGCAAACCUUUACGAAGAUUCUUUUUUUUAUUUUAUGUAUUUUAUUUUCUUUCCAGAAUGUUUAUUGAAAAUAAAAAUGAUUCUUGAUGAAAAUAAAAAUUAUCUUACUGGUUUGGUUCUAAAAGAUGUGAUUAGAAAUUCUGGUCCAUUUUGGGAAGAAGUUUAUCAAGAAAUUUUUGAGAAAGAGUCCACUAUAUACUAUAUCGACGAAUCAUCAGUGAAGUAUACUGAUGAACAAAAAAAUCGGGUGUUGGAGGAAAUCGCAGCACUUGGUGCUCAUGAGGAACAAAAUGUUGAAGAACUUCAACCUUAUUUUGUUGGUCUUUCUAACUGCGACAGUAUUGCUGAAAUUGGAACACAUUUAUGCGAUUGGUUUGAUCGGAUCGAAAGUAGUGCUAGCUUAGCGUUAAACCGAAUUCGAAUUGCUAAAGUCAAAAAUUUCGACGAAGCUGAUGUUGGUGUGGUGCAUAUAGUGAGCGAAAUUGUAGAUUGUGUAGUUGUGGUGAGAGAUAUUGUUGAGCAAGUUUCAGAAGUUCCACUGAGUAAACCUGAUUCAAUUUGUAAGAAAUUGAUUUGUGAAAAUGAUUGGAGUCGUCGAUCAACUCGAUUUCAUGCCGAAUUUAAUAUAGAUGAAGAAUCUGAAUCAAGGCAUUAUGCUUCUGUCUUAGAGGUCAAAUUUUUAGAUUCAGGCCAGACAAAAAUCCAAUUCGCAAGAGAAUUUGCAAAAAAUUGUUUAUUUGUUCAUUUGUUUAUUUUUCAGUUGUUGGAAAUGGCGAGUAUUAUGGAGAAAAGUGUUGUUCCAUUGUUAUCUGUGCAACCAGUAACGCUCUAUUUGUCACAGACAGACAAGAAUUAUAAUUCUGUCGCAUCACCACCAUCGAAUUUUGAUGAAAAAAUCGCUGUGCGGUCAUGCAUAAAUCAUUUAGCUUCCUUCACUGAAACUGAACCUCAGUGUAUUUUUGAUGUAAUUGGCAGUUUUCUUGCUUGGUUAGCCAACGAAACUUCUUGCGCGUGUUUUCUUUACGAUGCGCGUGAAGUUCUUAUUCAGUGUUAUCGACGGUGGGUUCCUACGCGUGGCAAUACAACGUUUCCAGCAAUAACUCGUGGUGAUGAACUUAUCUACAUAAUGGUUGCAGAGAUUGGUUGUCGAGAAGCACUGUUCGUUUGCUCAGCAAUUCUUCUUAUAUCUCAACUGCCUGUUGAGAUAGAAGUUAAAAUGCACUGGGCUUUGGCAAUUAAUGGAGUAUCGAUGUUUUCUUCUGAUGUUUGUCGAUACCAUAUUUGGAAUGUUUAUGAUAAGCUUUCGUCAUCGAACUCAUUUUACACAUCGCUAAUCCCUGGUUAUAGCCAGAUUACUGCUCGAAGCGCUAAAAAUUUCCUCGAAUUCAUCGACCGUCGUGAAAGUAUAACAACGAUUGAACGUCAUUUUAAAGAAAGGAAUUUUGAAAAGGUGGUGCGUAUUAUCGAAGAUAAUUUUAAUUGGUGCGAAGCAAAUUUUGAUCUUGCUUUAUCCACCUUAUUAAAAUUAAUUGAUUCUCAUAUCAGUUUGGGACAUUCAAAUGAUGCUGCCACUUGGAUUGCAAGAGCGUUAGAUUUUGUGUCAACGAAGGAGAAUAUUAAUAUAAUCCUUGAUAAAUUAUAUCUAUUGGAAAUCGAAAUGAUCGAUCGUAAAAAUCUAUCAAAUGAUGUCUCAUUAUGGAUAUGGUUAUAUAAAGCUGCUUGCCAUCUUGAAGGAGAACUAUCUGUGGAAGACUUACGUUCUCUUUUUUCUAAUGGUUGCUUCAUGGUGAAUAUGUCUUUAAAUAUUUUAGUAGAAGCACAUGAAGUUCUGGGAAAAGUUGGAAAGUGUGUCGCUAAUAAUGUUGGUUUUGGUUUUUUCUUUUUUAAAUAUUUUUAUUCCAAGAAAGAGUAUUAUUUUUGUUUGUUUGCCCUGCAUGAAUUUGCAAAAGCGCGAUCGAAGAAAUAUGUUGAGGAAAUUUUUUCUGGAGGUGCUUAUGCGGAACAAAUGCGAGCGUUUAAUGACGAAAUUUAUCAAUUAUUGUUCUGCAUGACUGGAUGUCCAUCGCGCCGUAAACGCUUAUUGGAUGACCAUGGAGGCAAUCAUGAUUUUUCCGCAUCAGCCGAGGAAGCGGAAUGUAUUCUCUACUUAAUGAUGCCAGAGCGUAUUCCAUUAUAUGAUGGUCCGGUUUCACUCGACCUUAUAGAAAUCAUUCAAAAAAAAGCCGCUUUUUAUGUGGAACUAAUGGACGAUGAACUUCUAACAUUAGAAAAAUUUGGUCAAUUUGUGAACCGUUCACAAAUUUGUACUGAUUGGCCGCGUAGCUCAGUGAAUUUAAGAGCACGAGCUCAUGCAUUUUAUCAUUUGGCUCUUCAUUUAUAUCGUAGCCAAAAAGUAGAUGAAGCAGUUCGCUAUGCGAAAUUAUGUAUCAUUUCACCAAGUAUUCCACUAACUGAUCAGCGGUCAUUGGCUAAUAUUUGGACGAUACUUGCAUUUGCUUCAACCGCUCUUCUUUUUUCGCGUGCACUCAUUAGAGAACAUUUCUUCAUAAAAUUUUGUGUUUUAAGUGAGAAGUGGAAUUUUUUCCAGAUAGCGGAAGACGAAGUAUUACCUCAAUUAGCUUUAAGCAUUUUAUCCUUUCGUAUGGCAUUGCAUUUUGAUUCACAUGACCAUUAUAUAACCUAUAAUUUUGGCAGUGCUUUGUAUCAAAUUCGCUCACGAGUGAAUCAUUUAAUGCAACAGUUGGCAAUCGAUGAUUAUCGAUUUCGCAGGUGCCAUAGGAAUCUUUCGGAAUUGUUAGAAGAAAGCCGCAAACAUUUCCUGUACUGCAUCUUGCAUCUGCCUGACGGAGAUUUCAAUCGGUGGCGAAGCUAUUACUUCCUUGGAAAAAUAGCCGAAAAAUUUGGUGAACCAGGAAAAGUGCUAAAUUAUUAUUAUGAAGCUGCUCGUCAGAUGGAAUUCUCAGGUGUGCAAUAUCCAGUGCGGAUUAGUACCAAAAAACAAGAACAUCUUGAAGCUAUUGAGAUUCAUUAUCGAAUGUAUGCUUGCUUUGUUAAGUGGUUACUUGAAACUGAAAAUGCAAAUUGGUCUGUCUAUGACCUUAUGGAAAUGCAUUCAUAUGCUACAUUUUUUCACAUAGAAAGAAGACCAAGCAGAUGGUUAUAUACAAUAGUCAUAGGUGCAGCUAAGAGAAAAAAUAUUCGUGAAGAAAUAGAUGAUGGUACGAUUGUUAUUGACCCCGAUGUCAGAACAACAGUAACAAAGCUUGUUUUCGAAAGUUCAUUAUUGUCGAGCGAUGUUGGUCAAUGUGUAUUUUUCAGAUUUCCUCAUUUCAAGUCGUAUUAUCGUUUGGCACAAUUGGCAUUAUAUCACGGUGAUAUUGUCGAAGCAUCGAAGUAUAUAUUUGAUCGUUUACUUUUGAAGCGACGAGCAAACGCUGGCUGUGAUAAUGUUUUUGAGAAUAUUGUGCCAAUAAUUUCAAAAGAUUUUGAUCGAGGUGACUCUUUACAAUUUCAUUUUUAUCGGAUUGCAUCAUUUGCUAUCAAUGUUGCUUAUAAAAUGUGUAAUAUCGACAACUUAUCAACUCUUCUGCAUACGUUUGCAACGCUAAGCUUUUGCAAUAAUCAGUAUAAUUUUUUUUUCAUUUUGCAAUUACAAAAGUCACUAAUUAUUUAA